GCGCCUAAACUGCUCCAGACCCUAAACAGGGUCUGCGCGAAACUGGGCCUAACUGGGCCUGAAUGGCGCUGGGUCCUACCCCGAACUUACGGGCCCCAGGUCGAAACGGCUAUCCCAGACUACUGAAGAAGAAGAAGAAGAAGAAGAAGAAGAAGAAGAAGAAGAAGGAAGAAGAAGAAGCAGAAGCAGCAGCAGCAGCAGCAGCAGCAGCAGCAGAAGAAGAAGAAGAAGAAGAAGAAGAAGAAGAAGAAGAAGAAGAAGAAGAAGAAGAAGAAGAAGAAGAAGAAGAAGAAGAAGAGAAGGAGAAGGAGAAGAAGAAGAAGACGAAGAAGAAAGAAGAAGAAGAAGAAGAAGAAGAAGAAGAAGAAGAAGAAGAAGAAGAAGAAGAAGAAGAAGAAGAAGAAGACAACGAUGAUGAUGAUGUGGAUGAUGACGAUGAUGAUGAUGAGGGGGAGGAGGACGAUGAUGACGAUGAUGUUGUUCAUGAAGAUGAUGAUGACGAUGAUGAUGAUGAUGAUGAUGAUGAUGAUGAUGAUGAUGAUGAUGAUGAUGAUGAUAUACCUCUGUGCCCUGGGCUGAACAGCACGCGACAUGCAAUCGAAGCGGUCUUUGGGGUCUUGAGCGAUGCAUCAGCGGUUGGUCGUGUGGUGUUGACGAGAGGCUAUACAAGUAGGGUAGUUAGGAGGGCCCUGCCAGGCGUAAUUGAGAUGCAAGAGCAUCAAACUACCAUCCUUCAGGACAUUCAACAAAGCCUAGCAGUGUUGGCAGGCCGUGCUCAGGCAACACCAUCACCAACAGGGCCUGGUGCCUGGCCCGUGCCAUAUCCUCCUCUUUCUGUUCCACCGGUGACUGGGGUAUCCCCAUAUGUAGCCCCUUCAUCGGUUGCUAUCGUUUCCCUGGGCAUGCCUCUGUCAGGAGGGGUAACAGCAGGGAGUAGUUUACAGGUUCCUGUUCAGACAGUGUUCACUCAGAGUCCGUUGCAGGUUGCGGUCACCACGCAGCCUGCUGUCUCGCAACCUGCGCAGCCGCAGGGCACAGAGCCCCAGCAGUUAGCACAACAACCUGUAUCACUAGGCCCACAGCCCGGGGUGGUGCAGGGACCGGGACAAAAUCAGUGGGUUCCAAAGACGGCCAUCGCCGCUCCCAAAUCUUUUAUAGGGGACAAGAGAGGCAAAGACCUCGACACUUGGUUGAGGGCAGUGUCGGUCUACGUCAGGUGUAAACUCACCUUGCCACACGAAGAAGUGCUUGUGGCUGCUUCCUACCUAGAGGGUAGUGCAGCAAGAUGGUUGAGUGGGUUAGUGCAACUCCAGGGGUACGAUCAUGACUUCCGCUCUUGGGCAGCCUCUCAUAAAUUGGAGGACUUCCUGAAAAUGGUGGAAGAGAGGUGGCAUGAUCCUCAGGAGGCUCAAAAGGGUAGGAUCUAUCGGAUGUCUCCAGGCGAGCUUGAUGAGCUUCGCCGCCAACUCAAGGAACUCGUAGAGAAGGGUUGGGUCCGGCCGAAUGUCUCUCCUUACGGAUCUCCAGUACUGUUCGUACCUAAGAAGAAGGAGGGCACUCUCAGGAUGUGCAUUGACUAUAGGGGCCUCAAUGCCAUCACUGUGAAGAACAGAGAGCCCCUACCGCGCAUCGAUGAUCUGUUAGAUAGAGUGCAAGGGUGUCGGUACUUCAGUAAAAUAGAUCUGAAGUCCGGGUACCAUCAGAUUGCAAUCCGGCCCAAGGAUCAACACAAAAACGUAUGUCAGACCAGGUACGGUCUGUACGAGUUUGUGGUGAUGCCUUUUGGCCUUUGCAAUGCUCCUGGCACCUUUCAGCACGCUAUGAAUCGAAUAUUCCAUGACUACUUGGAUAAGUUUGUCGUCGUGUACCUCGAUGACAUACUUAUUUUUAGUAAGACUGUCGAGGAGCACGUAGCACACUUAGACAAAGUUCUCAGUCUCCUGCGACAGCACAAGUUGAAGAUCAACGGUGAAAAGUGUGAGUUUGGCCGCACCCGUAUCUUGUACUUGGGUCAUGAGAUCUCCGCGGAAGGGUUGAAGCCCGAUGACGCAAAGGUGGCCAGCAUUCGUGAUUGGCCACGACCUCAGUCUGUGACUGAKAUGAGAUCUUUCUUAGGAAUGACAGGCUACUACCGGACUUUUGUAAAAAACUAUAGCAUUGUGGCCGCUCCUUUGACUGAUCUGACCCGCCUUGACACCCCGUGGGAGUGGACAGAUGAGUGCGAGGCUGCUUUUAGACAUCUGAAGCAUGCAUUGACGCACUAUGAAGUCUUGAAGCUACCCGAUCCUGAUAAGCCAUUUAUAGUAACCACGGAUGCUAGCCAAUAUGGCAUGGGCGCCGUGCUUGCGCAGCAGGAGGGGCCAAAGUUGAGGCCAGUUGAGUACAUGUCUAAGAAAAUGCCGUCUCAGAAGUUGGCUAAGUCCACUUAUGAGAAGGAACUCUAUGCGGUGUACAAGGCUCUCACCCAUUGGAGACACUAUCUCCUUGGGAGGUUCUUCAUCCUCAGAACUGAUCAUCAGACCCUGAAAUGGAUGAGAACCCAGCCGGUACUCUCUGACGCUCUCAAGCGUUGGAUCGAAGUCAUUGAGCAAUAUGACUUUGACCCUCAGUAUCUGAAAGGGGAGUAUAACAAGGUUGCUGACGCCCUGUCGCGCAGACCAGACUUCUCAGGUGCGCUGAUAACUGAGUUUAGUCUCACAGACAAUGUUACUCAAUCCUUGGUGGAAGCCUAUCGCGAGGACCAGUUUAUAUCUGAGAUCAUACGCAGACUUGAGGCGAAGGACAAGAAGACGUCCGCCGAGUUUGAGUUGGUUAAUGGCUUGUUGUUCCUUGAGAAGGCAGGGAAUAAACGAUUGUGUGUUCCCAAUAGUGAGUCUUUGCGUAGUUUGUUUCUAGGUGAGUGUCAUGAUGCCAUCGGUCAUUUCGGGUACAAGAAGACUGCAGCCAACUUGCUGCAGCGAUUCUGGUGGCCCACGAUGAUGCAAGAUGCACAGCUGUAUGUGGAGACUUGUCAAGUUUGUCAACGAGACAAGCCCCGUACUCAGGCUCCUCUUGGGCUGCUCAAGCCCCUUCCGAUUCUGGAAAGGCCGGGUGAAAGCUUGUCCAUGGACUUCAUGGAUACGCUGGUCACCAGCAAGAGUGGGAUGAGGCAGAUCUUCGUCAUCGUGGAUAGGUUUAGCAAGUAUGCUAGGUUAAUAGCCAUGCUGGAAACAGCGAAGACCGAGUAUGUAAUCAGGCUGUUCAAAGAGAACUGGGUGAGGGAUUUUGGAUUGCCUAAGUCUAUUGUAAGUGACAGGGAUGUCAGAUUUACAAGUGAAUUAUGGAAGGCCGCUGCAGCUGAACAAGGAACUCAACUGCAAAUGACUUCUGGAAACCAUCUAGAAGCAAACGGCCAGGCUGAACAGAUGAACCGCGCUGUCCAACACCUGUUGAGGCAUUACAUUAAGCCCAACCAGGUGGACUGGGACGAGAAGCUUGCUCUUGUCGCCAGUCUGUACAAUAACGCUGUACACAGCGCUACCGGGGAAGGGGACCACCAGGACGAAGUCUUCUCCUUACGAGUUGGAUCACUGAAAAGAAUGUGACGAGGACUGCAGGGAGCAUUGUGCAUCGUGAUAAAGAUUAUCUCCACUA